CUAGAAUGACAAGCAGUGCUGUAGGUCUGUGCACCGAAAAUGCCAAUUUCAACGUUGCCCAACACUGCACAGUUGUUUUCGCGGUGCAAUGAAUAAAUUUGUUUAUAAACUAUUUCAACGCGUAAACUAUUCGAAUUCAGGCAGAAGGAGCAUUUGUUUAACAGCUGCUAGGCAUGUGGAAGGGAGUAAGGACAAUGCGGAAGCUCCCACGGUGCUCGUGGAGAAGGACUCGCAUAUAACAUUAAUUGGCCUGAAUCGGGAGACAAAGCGCAACUCGAUCGACGCAGCAACUGCCCAAAAACUGGGCGAAGCCAUCAGCCAGUUUGAGGCGGAUGAUAGUUCGCCCGUGGGUGUGCUGUACGGCAUUGGUGGCUCUUUCUGUGCCGGCUAUGACCUGGAUGAACUCGAGGCGGAGGCGGAUCGCGGCAGCCUGAACUUUCUGUUGCGUCAUGAGGGCUCGGUGGGACCCACACGGCGGCAUCCCCGCAAACCCAUUGUGUGUGGCAUUAGUGGUUUCUGUGUGGCCGGUGGCCUGGAGCUGGCCCUGCUCUGUGACCUGCGCGUAAUGGAAGACACGGCUGUUCUGGGCUUCUUUAAUCGACGUUUGGGCGUACCGAUCAGCGACGGCGGCACCGUGCGUCUGACCGCUGCAGUGGGCUUCUCGAAUGCCCUGGAUAUCAUCGAAACGGGCCGACGUGUCUAUGCACGAGAAGCGCUGCGCAUCGGCCUCGUCAAUCGUAUCGUGGCCACGGGCACAGCCCUUGGCCAGGCCGUUAAUUUGGCAUUCUCGAUUGCCAAAUUUCCCAUCGGUUCGUUGAUGCACGAUCGGAACGCUGUGCUGGAGAAUGCGAAUGCCUACAGCCGUGCCGGUUUCUAUGCGGGCACUUACAACGAAGUCAUGAACGUGACAUCGGACAUGGUCACGGACAUGCAGGAGGGCGUGCGGCGAUUCAAGAGCUCUGAGGAAAAGGGAGCCAAAACCGAAUCGUGGCACAUCAAGGAGAAGAACAUUCCAGACUGGGAAAAGGCCGAAAUCGAAUUGGAGAAGCAAUUUAAAAAGACGUGAUCGAAUAUGUUUCAAUCUUUAGAAUAAUUCAUGGUGCAAUAUUAGGUUGUGUAUACCUACGAUAUUUUGUAUAUAUGUACAAGUAAAAUGUAUUUUGUUAUUUUUAUAAAACGAAAGCCUUUAUUCACGUAAAAUACAUUUAUUUAAUGAUU